AAUCCCCGCUAUUGCGUUUUCUGCGUGGCUUCUCUCUCUCUCUCUCUCUCUCUCUCAGCGUCACAGUCCCACACACAGACGAAAAGCAAAGAAAACGUUGCGACUUCAUUUCCUCCUUUUGUUUUCUUCAACCCCGACCCCACCUCCAUAGUAACAGUUCAGACAAUUGAGUAGAAGCAGUAGCAGACUUACCAUCAUCAGCGCCAUGGCCAACUCAUAGCAGAAGCAGAAAAAAAAAGCAAAACCAAAUACUGCCAUGGUCAUGUCGUCUUCGAAUGAAAAUAAUCCACCGACUUCUACCAAAGACCUUUUUCCGUCUACAUCUCUCGCUCUCACUCUCGGGAUUUUUCGUGAUAUAAAGGAGGCGGCGGAUGGUCGAACAGAUGACGUCGGUGCUAAUACGACGGUGACGGAGAUCAGCAGUGAGUAUUCUGGACCGGCGAGAUCACGAUCGGAUGAUGAAUUCGAUGCCGAUCCUGACGUCGACGACGGAGACGACGAUAACAAUAAGAACAAAAGUAAGAAGAGAAAAAAGUACCACCGUCACACCGCCGAACAAAUUCGUGAAAUGGAAGCACUAUUUAAGGAGUCACCACACCCGGAUGAAAAGCAAAGACAACAGUUGAGCAAGCGGUUAGGGCUUCAUCCUAGACAAGUCAAGUUCUGGUUUCAAAAUCGUCGUACCCAAAUCAAGGCCAUACAGGAGCGCCAUGAAAAUUCAUUGUUAAAAUCAGAAAUGGAUAAACUACGCGAUGAGAAUAGGUUAUUAAGGGACACUAUCAAAAAGGGUACUUGUCCUAACUGUGGAUUUGGUAGCUCUAGCAAGGAUGCCACCAAUUACACCGAUGAACAACAGCUUCGUAUCGAAAAUUCUAAACUCAAAACCGAGAUUGAGAAGCUGAGGACUUCAAUUGGGAAAUAUCCAAAGGGAACAUCACCUACAAACUCAUGUUCUACGGGAAAUGACCAUGAAAACAGAAGCUCAUUGGAUUUGUGUAGUGGUGUGUUUGGUGUUGAAACUUGUAGAAUAAUGGAGAUUGUUAAUUUGGCUGUGGAAGAGCUUGUAAAGAUGGCUGCUGCUGCGGACCCACUGUGGAUACGGAGUUUUGAGACAGGUCGAGAAAUACUUAACUAUGAUGAAUACUUGAAGGAGUUUCAUGUUCAAAAUUUAAGCAAAUUUCAACAUAAGAGACACAUUGAAGCUUCUAGAGAUUGUGGCAUUGUCUUUGCAGAUCUUCCACAGCUAGUUCGAAGUUUCAUGGAUGUGGAACAAUAUGAAGAGAUUUUUCCAUGCAUGAUUUCAAAAGCAGCUACCCUUGAUGUAAUCUGCAAUGGGGAGGGUGCUAAUAGAAAUGGCACUGUUCAAUUGAUGUUUGUAGAGUUGCAAAUGCUAACUCCUUUGGUGGCAACACGAGAAGUAUAUUUUGUGAGAUACUCCAAGCAGUUGAGUGCUAAUAAAUGGGCAAUUGUAGAUAUUUCAGUUGACAACAUAGAAAAAAACAUCGAUGCGUCUCUUUCUAGAUGUAGAAAACGUCCAUCUGGUUGCAUCAUUGAGGAUAAUUCAAAUGGUCACUGUAAGGUGACAUGGAUAGAGCAUUUGGAAUGCCAAAAAAGCGUAGCUCAUUCUAUGUAUAGAGGAAUCAUCAAUAGCGGUGUAGCUUUUGGAGCAAGGCAUUGGAUGGCCACAUUGCAGCAAAAAUGCGAGCGUUUUGUGUUCUUCCUUGCAACUAAUGUUCCUACUAAAGAUUCUACUGGUAUUCCUACAAUGGCUGGGAGGAAAAGUAUUUUCAAAUUGGCAGAGAGAAUGACAUGGAGUUUUAGUCGAGCACUAGGAGGGUCAAGCCAUCACACAUGGAAAAAAAUUCCAAGUAAAACUGGAGAUGACAUACGCGUGGCUUCCAGGAAGAAUUUAAAUGAUCCUGGUGAACCUUUAGGGGUGAUACUAUGUGCAGUGUCCUCUAUUUGGUUACCUGUUUCUCACACUGUUCUUUUCGAUUUCCUACGAGAUGAAACUCGAAGAAAUGAGUGGGAUAUAAUGUCAAAUGGAGGUCCAGUCCAAUCUAUAGCCAACUUAGCAAAAGGACAAGAUCGAGGAAAUAGCGUUUCCAUCCAUACAAUGAAGUCGAAGGAAAACAUGUGGAUGAUCCAGGACACUUCUACAAACACGUAUGAAUCCAUGGUAGUGUGUGCGCCAGUGUGUGUGACAAACAUGCAGUCUGUGAUGGGUGGCUGUGACUCUAGCAACAUUGCUAUAUUACCUUCUGGUUUUGCUAUUCUUCCUGAUGGGGUAGAAACGAGGCCUUCACUGAUCAGAUCAAAGGGACAGGAUCAAAGUUUGGAAGAAGGUGGGUCGUUGCUAACCGUUGGAUUUCAAAUCCUUACAACUGACGACUCUACAGGUGGAAAAUUAAGUGUGGAAUCUGUGGAGUCGGUUGAUACUCUUAUUUCAAACACACUGCAGAACAUCAAGGCUGGUUUACAGUGUGAAGAUGAAACAUGAAUAAUUUUAUGUCAACAUUAUUGACUUUUUCCAAAUAUUAGGUGAAAAAGUCUUGGAACUAGUAAAUAUUUCCUGGGUUUUAACCUAUGUUGAUGAACUGAUGAACUUAAGCGUGAAAGUUUUUGAUUAUGGUUAACUUAAGAAGAAAUAAAGUUCAUUUUUAGACUUUA